AUGGGAGCAGCAGGCUUGUGGUUGACCUCAAAGUUGAUGCCUUCUAGCGAUGAUGAUGUGGUUAUUUCACCUCCUGGCUUGGUAAUUUGGAGGAAAUGGAUUUCUAGUCAAUCGGACAUUUAUCCUACCUGCUGCCUGUCUGUAGUUAGGGAUACAGCAUUUGGUAGUCUAGAUGAGGCUGUGUCCGGGGCAAGUGCAGUUUUGUUUCUUGUGUCUGAGAGCAUUUCAUGGAAACUUCAGAGAGUUCAUCUUCAUAAUCUUCUGAUGCCAAUUCCCUCUGGGGCUUGCUUGCCUCUUCUGAUCUUAUGUGGCUCAUGUGACAACGGUUUCUCUUCUGUUAUAAUUAAUGAGCUGGGCCUUCAAGACAUUGACAAAUUUCGGGUUAGUAGCUUUCUGGUUGUUUUUCUUGGUGAAAACCAGCAGAUGGAACACUUGGGUGGGUUUUUCAGUGAUACACGAUUAAGGGAGGGGCUGCAAUGGUUGACAGGUGAAUCACCCUUGCAACCCAACCUUCACGGUGUGAAAAUACGAGAACUUGUUCACACACAUCUAAAUUCCUUCUCAGGGGUGCAUGACAUCAUCAGAAACUCCAAUUUGGGUCCUAAUGACUGUAUCUCAUUGUUCAAUGAAGCCUUAGAUUGCUCAGCGCAGGAAAUUAUUGCUGCUGCCAGUUCAAAUCCUGUUGGUUGGCCAUGUCCAGAGAUUGGUUUACUUGACAAGUCUUGUGAUGAAUAUAUAGUAGUAGAAAGGUUCUUGCCAACUUUGGGAUGGAGCUCAAAUGUGAAAUCUGAACCAAUUAUUUGUGCUUUGCAAAACUGUAAGCUCCCUACUUUUCCCUAUGAUUUAUCCUGGUUGGCCAGAGGUUCUAAAGUUGGACCUGAGAUUGAGAACCAGAGGAUACAGCUUGAAAAUUGCUUGAUCCAGUACCUGACUCAUACUAGUAAGAUAAUGGGAAUUUCAUUCGCAACAAAAGAGGCGAGUAUCACAGUGCAAACCUGUGCCAAACUUGAGCUUUGUGGCUCAAGCUAUUGUGUAGUUCCACAUUGGGUCAUGGUGUUUCGUCGCAUUUUCAACUGGCGAUUAAUGAGUUUAUCUAGUAAAGAAAUCUCCAUGGCUUACAUCUCAGAAUUUCAUCAUGUUUCUCUUCCAAAUAUGGACUUGGAUGCAUGUUUAUCUUCAUCUUAUUAUCCGAACUCAUCUUUAGAUGAAUUAAUCAGUGUUAGCUGCAACUCUCCUCUUCCUGUUAAUGGUCAAUCAAGGCCUGAAGCACUUCAACCUCUUCCACACAGGGAUUCAAAUGAUGUAUUUCAUGAGAAUGUUAACCUGAAGGAUGCUGAAAGCAAUCUUCGACUUGAUAAAUAUCCUAGCAUAGAUACACCUUUCUCACAUGCUUUAAACAAUGCUACUAAUAGUGGAGCAUCAAUGAAUGGGAAACCAACCAAAGAAGCUGACAAGUUAAGCAAGCUGUUGGAGCCAUGUAACCUGGUGCAGGAUGACAUAGAUAAGAAGCUGUCUAUAUACUUCUAA